AUGCUCCUCCCAAAGCAGGCUGGAGUCAACCUCCGGGCCCUCUCGCGGGCGACCCGGUGCCUGUCAACCACGGCCGCCCGUCCUUGGGCAACUCCGACAAGUCAAUACCCGUCCAGUGAGCAACGGAGCGGGAGCGGCGGCGGCACCCCGGUGGACGACAUCGACCUGGUCUUUGACUACCCCACCGAAGGCCAGACCAGUCAUCAAAAGCAGCCCCUGGAAUCGCAAGGGCUCGACUACCACUCGGCCCUGCCGCGCCGCCCCAAGGCCGAGAACCUGGCGGGAAAGAUGGGCAAGGAGAUGGGUUCCACUGACAGCUACGUCAAAUACAUCGGCCUCGGCGCCCUUGGCCUGGCCGGCCUGUACAUGAUGAUGCGGCGGACAAACUCCAAAUCCGCAAGUAACAUGACGAAGCCGGGAGACUCGGCCGCCCAGAAGUCCGCGGAUAUUAAGAUGGAGAGGAUGCUCGGGCGCGGUAGGUGA